UGUGUAAGUGUGCUACUGUACAGGUAUAUUAGCUCUAUGGUACAGGUGUUCUCUGACUGUACUCUCACUAUAUUUCUGUUGGCUUGGCUUUGGAGCUGUGGUGCACCUGCUGUCUUCUCACCGAUGCUGUGUUUCUGACGAUGCUGUGAGGUGCAGCAGGUGCUAAUGAGAGGAUGAACCCAUGUGCUUUUUGUUGUAAUCAAAUUCCCAUGGCUUGAGCUGGCAAGCUUUUUGACGACUGUCACUGUUGGAGAAACUGGCAUCUUACGACGAUGGACGUCUCCGGUCAGAGCGAUCUUCCCGGAGACUGGACGUUUAUGCCGUCUGAGGGUGAACUACUGGAUCCUCCAGCCUCAACGGUAGAAGAAGGAAGCCGCGUCGAAGAUUUGCCAUUAGAUGAAAAUGCCGCCAACGUCAGUCGGGAGAAGGCCAUGGACACGGGGGACCCCAAGAAGGAAGUGGAUGCUGAAUCUGGUGGGGACAGGGAUGCCAACACUGGGAACCGAGACAGCGACAUCGACAUUAUUGAUGAUGACACCGACCAUAGUAUCGAAUCUCUGAGCUCUUCUGCUAUAGGAAAUACAUCAGCAUCACUCAUGGGCUUUAGUGAGAUAUCUGCAGCUACUGCAAGUUCCUAUGGCAACUUGGAAGUGCCAGGUGGCUCGGAUUGGAUGGAUACAGCUUCUGUGGCAUCGGAUGCCUCUUUGCCAUCAGGACUCGAGAUGCGGUCUGGAGUGCGCCGGUACAAGCAUGUGCCGAACACUCGGCUCAACUGGGCUCUGACAGCCAUGGCUGCUCUUGUGGCUGUUGCUGCUGCCGCAUUCGGCGUGGGCCACUAUUUCGGUUGGUCUGUCCAGUCCGUUCAGCGACAAGAAUUGUCUCAUGGCCAAAUGAAGCAGCUCAAGGCACUUCAAGAAGAGCUCGUGAAAUGCAUGCAUCAGCAAAACAAAGAGACGCCUCCAAAGGACGUGCCUUUUCCAAAUACACAAGUGUGCUACCAGGAUGUUGAAUAUUGGAAAAGAAAAUUUGAGCAGCUUUUUUCGGAGAACAAGGGACUCAAGGAAUUACUGGAGCACUCUCAGCGCAAUGUGGUCAUGCACGAUCCCCGAGUGGACUCUGCAACGGGAGAUUGUUCUGCUGACUCACCUGACGACCUUCACAAACUGAAGCUUGACCUCAUCCUCAACCAAAUGCAGCAUUUACAGCUGAUGAAGACUUUCAACCAGGUGAAGCAUAGCGAACGCCUGUCCCGAGAACAGGCUCGUAAAUUGGAAAUGGAAAAUGAGCAGCUCAAGGCACGACUUGAGGAAACGGAUGACGUGCUUGUUCAACAGCAGCUGGAAACUAAGGUUCAGGCCUUGACAGAGGAGAACCAAGAGUUGCAAUCCAGGCUGGGCCAUGAGUCGCAGAGGGAAGCGGCUCUGCGCUCUCUCGAACACCAAGUGCAGCAGCUGCUGAGCGAGAACGAGAUGCUGAAGCGUUCCAUGCGGGAAGCCUCCCCAGCCACAACGAGUCGCAUCUCUCGGCUACGGGACACAGUUAACCGGCUGAUCAUUGAGAAUGAAGACUUGAAGACUGUAGUUGCCCGGCUUCGCUACGGGCGCCCCGUUCCUGUUAGAGACGAUGAUUCUGCAAGCAAUUCAGAGGACGGUGCAGACGAAGGGCCAAAGGACCCCCAGUCUACAAGCAAGGACCAAUUAUCCGAGUUAUUGGAUGUGUUGAAGAAGCAGCAGGCAGACUCCAAGCAGUGGCGUAGGCUCUAUGACGAGCUCAGGGAAACGAGCGCAGCGCUAAGCAGCAAGACAGUGUGGCGCAAAUUGCUAAUGCUGGGCCAGACACUAUUUGACGACAUGCAGACAGGCCUGGACAGCACUCUCGAAUCCCUGAUUGACCUGGCCAAAAAGGGCUCAAGCGUAGCCAGCGAUGUCCGCCCCAUGGUACAAGACUUGGGAGAAAAGGUGAGACGAGAGCUUAACCGACGCCGAGAAGAAUUGGACGGAUAUCUUCACGGAUCAGGGAAGCCUGUUGGUUCCAUCUCACAGACAAUGAGUUUGUUAGAAUCAUCAAUCAAGAAAGUGUUUGAUGCCGGACGAAAGUUCGUCUCCAAGGGGCAAGAAGCAACAGGAAAGCACGCCGAAAAGUUAGUUUCUAAGCUUACCAAGGUAGCCCAGAUGCUCAGUAGUGACUGGGAAGCUUCGUCUGAAAAGGUAGAGGACAGUUUUACUGAGCCCACAAGUACGCCAAGGAGGGAGGAAGCCAAACACAGCUGGAGAAAUCACAAGGCUGUUAACGUGGAUGAGGACGAUGACUGCCAGGGAGGUAGUAGGUGUAGCAAAAAAAAUGAGGCAAAGAGAAAAGUGACUACUGAAAAGCCAGCAACUAAGAACAAGCAGCUGUUGGAUGUGGAAGAAACUGAAGAGGAAGACUGGUUCAGCACUCGAGCAAAAAUAAGGGAACGACAGCGUGGUGAAGCUACAGCAGGCAUGGACAAUUGGUACCUGAAGCGACAAGCACCUGGCUGGCGAAAAGGGAGCAGCAGGGAGGCUUUGCAUAGGGGCACUGCCAACCGUUUCAAGAAAGAAAGCCUCUUUUGGGACCACGAAUCUCUUGUAAGCGACGAUGAAGGAUUUACCGAGUGACGUGCACAACGCACCUUCAGCUACCAAGGCUUUUUGUUAUGCCUAUUGUAAUUACCAAAGUUAUGGGGUCGAAUGUUGCACCGUGAUGCAGUCUCGGAGUAGACUUGAGGAACCGCUCUGUUAAAAGGAACCUGUCCCUUAAAAAAUAACUUUACAUGCACAGUAACGUGAAAUUAUAAUAAAGAUAUCAAGAUUUUCGGCACAUUUAUUUCUACGAGUAUCUAAGAUUUGCACUGCUUUGCUUGGCUUCUCUGUAGUUGGGAUGGUCACCCCGGUAGCAUUUAAGGGCAGCUAAAGAUAUUAGUCUCCCAAAAACUGUCAGGAGUUGUGUGGUUGCACAGGCUUUCGAGAUCAUUCUAUUGGUAUCGGCUGACAUACAGCUGAUGUGUAAAGCCACUUCUGCUGUUUGUUGGAGCGGUUGUUUUUGCUAAUUGUUGGUGCCAAAAGACUAACAAUAUAAAAAGAAUUUGAGAAACGAGCUGAAAUUAAAGUUAUUGUUUGCACUAUUUCAAGACUGCAAAUGCAGAGGUGAAACUCGUGCUAACUAUUACUUUCUCCACAUUAUAGUUAUAAAUGAACAAUACUGUAAUAUUGCUAUUGCUGAGGUUGCUUCAAUUUCAGAGCUUCAUGGCAGGAAGUUGUGCUGGUGCUCUUCGUUGGGUCAGGCAGUAAUGGCUGCACAGUUUUAAAUUUCAUUUUAUUAGAAGUGGUUAUUGUGUGCACCCUAAUAUUCCACAUCUACCAUUACUGCAAGGUUUUACAUGGAGGCUUCAAUGUUUUAUCACUCGGCUAGUUGGUGUGACCUUAAAGUAGUAUGUGGGUGCACGAACACACCCAAGUUGGCAGAAUGGUUGGCUCGGCCUUUGAUGGUCCAUCUUUGCUAGGGGAUGCACAUAGCUUUUUGCACAUUGUGGGGCCUUGUCCAAAAAGCUCAUCCCUCCUUGGGCUCUUUGGAUAUGCUCAUUAACAUGCAUUGUUGUGCCCAUAUGUUUAUGCUGUCAAGAACUCAGCAUGAACUAUGUCACCUAAUUAUGCGUGUGGCUUCUAUUUCUGCCUUGUCAUCCAAAAUGACCUGAAAUUUCCAAGCACAGAGGCAUCAAGAACAUUGACUGCAUAGUUUUGUAGGAGGAGUUUGUUCUUCAUGCCAAUGUUGGGACUUUUAUAUAACACAAUGGGAAUGCUGUUAAAUCCUUUUAUGAAUUACACAGGUAAACUGUAUGAAUGUUCUGUCUGCUUCUGCUACAUCCACACCCUGUAUGUAGACUUCUGAUGGCAGUGACAUUAAACGUUUUAGUGUAAGGUGACAUUACUGUAGCAGUGUUUUGAUGGAAACCAACAUUUUUGUCUGCGAGUGUGGCAUUGCCAGUGACUUGUUGCAAACUUCUUGCAUUUAUACAAUUCCAGUGUGUCAGUGCAUGUGUACACAUGGAAUCUCCUUGGCAACACGUAGAACCAAAUGUCUUGCCUGUCUUCAUGAGUGAGCAUUAUGCAGAGUGCUCACGAACAUGCAACUUCCCUGGUUUAUCUAUUAUUCCUAUGAUGUUGCAACGUCUUUCAGACAAAAGGGGCACAAGUUUUACUUUUUUUUUAAGUAUAAUUCCACCUGAGAGAUCUGGAAUAAGACCUCCAUUUUAGUAAUGUUUGUUACAAAGACGUGAAUGGUUCCUUGAUACCAUUUCUAGCCGCUGUGGUUUCUCAAGCAACAGCUGUGACAUAAUUGUUUUGUGAUAUUUCUUGUGUAGUUCUGAAUUGUAUUCAGGCUUCCAGAUUUUAAAACUGACGUUUCACAUUAUUGUGUUUUGUUAUAGUGGUCGCCAAAUUGUCAAGGUGCCUCAAAGAAGACAGUGCUGUCACGUCUUCAGUUCUUUAUUAUGUGCACUAUGUGGUGUUGUGCUUAGCCCACUGUCCAAGUUACGGUACAUAUGUGAUUGUAUAUAUGUAAAUUAAGAGCCUUUGUUAUAUCUGUGUAGAAUAAAGCAGUCUUUCAACGCUU